AUGAAGCACACAUUCUCUUCACUGGCCGCCCUGGCCCUGACACUAUCUACUUCAGCAGUUGCUUCCCCAGAACCCCAAUUAUUGGUGCCGGGAAUCAUCGACACAGUUGAAUGUAUUGCCGUGAAUGUCAUUGCCGAGCUCAUCAUUGGGGAUCCGUUGGCAAUUGCCUUUUGCGAGGCCGUUGUGCCUCCUACCAAGAGUGUUAUCAAGACCAGCUUUACCACCGUUGUGACGCCAACUACGGUGACUGCGACAAUCUCCAACAAUAACCGCAUCCGUCCCACAAUCACCAGCCGCACUAUAGUGACAACUACUAGCAGCCUUUGCACACCCAAGCCCUUCCCAACGCCUUUCAAGCGCCACCAUCUCCCUCCCAUUCCCAACCGCGUUGCUCAGUUCCCUACGCCAGACGUCACAAAGGCCUGCUCGUGCCUGAGUCUCCCGAUCCCAACCACUACAGUCACCAGAACCGUCACCAUCAACCCCGUCAUCGCUGAAACCAAAACCGUCGGUCCCACUGGCGUCCUGGACCCGGUCGUCACGACGAGCACAAUCACCAGGACCCAGACAGUGAGAGCUUGCCCUGCACCAACUCUCUGCGGUAACCAGGGAAUCGAAUUUGCGUACUACGCAAAGACUGUCGGCGGCGAAUUCUCCGACUUUCACCCCGAAGCGUACAAGCUUCUUCAGCCACGAUAUCAGGCAACCACCAAUUGCAUUGGCGGCAUCAGCUUCCAAGACAGCGCCGACAAGAGCAUCUACGGCUCCCCUCCACUGCCAGAGUCAAACUUUGUCCUCAACCACCGCGGAUACAUCUACGCCCGCCAGACCGGCGCCUACACCUUUACUCUUGACAAGGUCGAUGACGCUGCCUUUCUCUGGGUUGGUGGAGUGGCAUUCUCCGGAUGGGCUGCUGCCAAUGCCAAUUUGAAGGUUGUAUACAACAACGGACCUGCGCAGGGCACUUACACCGUGAAUCUGCAAGAGGGUCGCUACUAUCCAUUCCGUAUCUUUUACGGCCAAGGGCCGCGAAUCGCCGAGUUCGAUAUCAACGUGAAGGCGCCGGAUGGCACCACGUUCUUGUCGUCCAACAGGACUGGAUCGCCUUAUCUGGUUCGGUUCUCCUGCGAUGGGUUUACGGCGCCACGGUUCGAUCAUGAUCCAUUUGUCGUAUAA